AUGGCGGCAAAAGAAAGUCCUUCGUUUGAUGUCAGCACCUCUCCUGAUACAGCUAAACCGGCCAGCAUGAAGAAUGAUGAUGCUGCUCUGGAACUCCUUACCUCAAUUGGCGAUCUGGAGCAACCAACGGACCCAAAGUGUAAUCGACGGCUUCUGCGACGCAUCGAUUACCACAUAAUACCCCUGAUCUGUACCGUCUACUUUCUGCAAUACCUCGACAAAACCUCCAUCUCCUAUGCAGGUGUCACUGGGCUUCGAGAGUCGGCCCAUCUGGUCGGGAAUCAAUUCAACUGGGUGGCUUCCAUAUUCUUCUUUGGCCAGCUGACCUUCGAGUUUCCCACCAUCUAUAUCUUGCAGACGUUCCCACUAGCCAAAUAUGUCAGUAUCAAUGUCGUUAUCUGGGGCACAAUUCUGGCUGCUUUGGCCAGAUGCAAGUCCUUCGCUAGCUUGAUGGUGUGCCGCUUCUUCUUUGGGCUGCAGAGGCGACGAUAG